CCAGUUUAAAACACUAUUCACUUUUAGGGGGCUUACUUAUCGUUUCUACAUUUGCGACAUCUUAAAAUUCGAGACAUGAGGCGGCAGUGUCUUGCUAUUUUGAACUAUUUUAAAAGUGUUGAAAGAACAAUUACGAUUUUUGAUGGUGGUCUGUCACUGGAGGCGGAAGAGAGCAAGAAAAAUGAAAAGGAAAGUUCAGCCAGCGAGAAAGAAGACAACAAGAAAAAAGGAAAAUUAGGUAGUAAGAAAAACCAAGCAUCUUAUAACCAGAAGGUUGAACAAGCCAGUGGUGGUAAAGGACACAGUCGUGGUAUCGGAUCUCAUCACUACAUGCAUAAUACACCUGCUGAUUUUAAGAUUGAUCAGAACAAGUUCAUGGAAUUUAACGGGGUUGAAAAUCAUGACGAUUUUUACACCCUGGACCCCGAAGAGACAGACCCAGUUGAUGAGGGGGUAGGAGGUGACGGUGGGGUCGGACAAGGGUCAAUUACUGCCUCGUCACUAAGAACAGGGUCCCUAGGGUUUGGGUCUACCCCCCAUGUUCAAGACCAGAGAGGGUAUUACAUAAUAUAUGAAUCAGCUUUGAUUGAACUUAAAGAACUUGAGAAGGAACUUUUGCUGAUGGCUUCACAGUUUAUACACAAGGAUACAGAAAACAGAUCUGUGCACCGCCGUUCAUCACCAGAAAGAGUACAACGUCGCCACGAGGCGCCUGGUGAGGUUGACAUUGCAUCGUAUGGUCAUCGUGAAAUUGAUAGAUUUGCUGUCAUACUUGAUAUGUGGACGUGUGAACUUAACUUUUUGGUCAACAAGCGAAAACUACUAGAUUGCUACUUAGAAGCUUAUCAAAAUACGUUUGAUCCAGUUGAAAGACAAGAUAUAACACAGAUACUGACUGACAUAUUACACCAACGACCACGUUAUGACUUCACCCACGAUUACUUUAUUCGAGUUUAUAGAAACGAGUGUGCCUGCCUCAGAUUACGGACACUUCUAUUGACACAGAUACUGUCAAGUCACAUAGAUGAUUGCCGUACAUACGUGAAACAAGUAACUCGUCCCAACCAUAUGCUUGGUAUGCCCCUAUCUAUUCCUAACAAACAAGAAAUUGCUCUCAAUCUUUCAAAGCCAGCAUUAAAACACCUGGACAUGGUAGAAUUCCACCCAACACUGGGUGUUGCUGCUAACAGAGUAUAUGAAGCAUUGCGUGGCACCAUGCACGAUCUAGAACAGACCUACCGGCCUACAUGCAUGAGUGAACACAUCAACCUCGAAAAACAAGCGUUGGAGUUAGCACAACGUGAAUGGAAUGGAAUGUUGGAUAUUGGAGCCUCAUAUCCUGCACAGAUACAAAAAGAUCUCUUCUGUGAUGCUUUUGUUGAAGUCCCUUCCUUGGUAUGUGAUGCUGUGCAGGCAGUACUUGCGCAGGAAAUUGAAAAUUCUGCGACAAAAAUUGCUGACUCACGCUCUGUUGCCAUGGAAACAUGGAAAAAAUCACUGGAAGUAAUUCUUCUGCGUCAUCGAUUGAUUGAGGCGGCAGGAGAGACAGAAAUACUUGCAAGGUUAUAUAAGCAAGCAUCAUCUGAAAUGGGAUUUGAAGAGUUUCACAUGUACUUGAGACUUGUUCAGUUUGAAUUUGCAAAUCGUAAAGAAAAAGUUGACCCUCACCCUUCUACUAUUACUAACUUUAUACCAGAUGACAUCAGUGCAGAUAGGUUUAUACCACAACAUAUGUUGCUUGCUAUUCAAGAAAUGGAUGAAAACCAUUUACCAAAGUUCUCAUUUAGAACCAGGGAAUCAUUUAUACAGUUUGUGGAUUCGGAUAGCUGUUUAGAGAAUAUGCGUGUGGUUGUGGCAUGCCAAGUGACGCAUAAGAAUGCUCUUACGGUUGCUAUAACGCAAUCAAACAACUGCUCACAAUGGAAAGAGAUGAAAGCAGCUUCACACAACGAUACAACUAAAGGGUCUGAGACACGUAGCAGCCACAGUAUUAGUACUACACUAACACAAGGCACUGCCAGGUCUGGGGCAGCCUCACCCAAUAUUGGUAGACGUGGUCACAGUUAUGCAGGGAAACUAAAGUUUGGUUUUGACAAGCAGAAAAGUGUAGAGAAUGUGGGUAAGAAGCCCAAUUUACCUGGGAAACAUGUCUGGUUUCAUGAAGAUACGGUUGAAAAGCAUUUGGCACAAGAUGCUUUCAUAUCUAUCCAACUAGAAAAGACAGGUCCACGGGAUGUAGUAGUGAAUGCUUUCAUUCAUAAAAAAGAAACCGCAGGAAUGACCAUGAGAAAACCUGGUGAAAUUGAAAAACUAAAACGUACUUUUGUCACUGACUUCUGCAAAGAAGUUUCAUUCCGCAUGGGUCUACAUGCAAUGAGAUCACAGAUAAUAGCUUGUUACUCCAACAUAUUAAGCGCGUUGGAACCUUUUCCUUCUACAAGGGAUAAUUACUUUCUUGUGGGGAGACCGCAUGAGAAAAAAAGGAAAUUGGAUGAUGUGUCAGCAAUGAUUCCUGAUCCAAAAUCUCUCCAUCGAAGACCACGUCGUGUUUUAUCUCCAGAUGGAAAAUCUUUCAUGAACAUUUGGUUCAUACCUCAUUACACAGAAGUGGUGAUAGCAUAUAGGAAUCUUGAUUAUGAGGCCCAGCAAGAAGUUUUAUCAACAUGGUUGUUGAUUGCGUCAUCACUUCAUGACAUCAUCCUAUAUUUAUGCGCGCAUGCACGGCUCGGCAGUGCUCGUCUGAAGCAGCAACUUGUGGACCAAUCAAAUUACAGCGUUGCUGCAGACUGGGGCGGGGCAGAAGGUGUUGGUUCAGAAUUGAGUGAAAUUCAGCAGCAAAUUAACAUUCUUAAAGAAGGAGCUUUCCCCUAUACCAAAGACCCCAAACAAGUAGCCAAUCUACUUACUUUAAAGAAGGAAAACUUUUUCCUGCAGUUUGAUGCAGCAGUGAGGCAUGCUAUGAGGGAAACCUUCCUGGCCACAGAAAACCUUUCAGCUUUCCACUCCAUCAACAACAACAUGCAUUUUGCUCUCCCAUCUCUCAGCAACAUCACCCAAGGAAGCUUAACUUGCUUCAUCCGGUGUCCGGAACCUCUGGAUGCGGGGACUUCUGAUGCAAAGAUUCUCUUCCCAUGGCUGAGUUUCCAAUGUUCAAACGGCCACCACCCAACUGCAUACCCUCAGUAUUGGAAAGAUGUAGAAUCAUGCACACAACUUUGUUUGGCUGGUUUAUCCAACACUGAGCGUCAAUGUGCUAAUGGGGAAAUACUUGGUGUUGCUUUGCUGUUACAAGAAGUUUUAAAGGGAGGCACAGCUGCACUAAUGGCAUUAGAAGGUACUGCUGAAGAAAUGCCCAAGGGAUUCUUAAUGUUAUGUCAUGUUGGUAAAAAUGGUCGCCCUGAUAGUGGAAAGACACCACCUCCACCAAAAGCUGCUCCUGCUCCAGAGGAAGAAAAUGAAGAAGAAGAAGCAAAGAUGAUAAAACCAAAGGGGCCAGAGAUAGACCCAACUAAACCUCUUUCCAAAAUGGAGAACCCACUUGAAGCCUACAGGCUCAUGAACUGCUUUUUAAAACUUUGGAAGCAACUAGAACUUCUCAAACUGAACUGGGGGAAACACAAGCUUCAUAUUGAAGAUAUAAAUUCUCCUGAACUGUUCAGAGACUUUUCUCACAUUUUCCGAUCUGAAAUUAUGGCUCCCGUGUUCACAACUAUGGCUCGGCAGAUGGGCCAUCUUGACCAAUAUGACGACGCAGCUUCAGAUGAUCAACCAAUCAGCAACCCACCUGGAGCUCCAGAACUUGCUGUUCGUGCUAGGCUGGUUAUCAAACUGCUUGAUGUCCUUGAAUGUCACAUGAUCAGCGACGUAAGGCACCGGAUUGGUCGAGAGCUUACUCUUGUUCUGGCUGAGCGAUCUCGUGAAGAGACGGCUCUUCCUGCUGAUCUCUGGCGCCAAUCCAGUGGCGGUGGCGGAGCCGUACGAGAAAAUUUUACCGUCAGUCGUCCACAUAUUGUGGAAGAUUUUAUUCAGAGGUUAAUGUCAGAAUACGAAAGUGAGAAUGGAAAUGUUAUUUUCAAGAAAGACCAUCUUAACCAUGCGUUAUCCAAACUUGCUUCUUCUGUUAUGCAAAGGGAGCGAGAAAAUUACGAGAGUUACUCAGCAUAUUAUGAAAAUUUGCUGCGUCAUCACCACCACCUACUGUAUAUGAAGGAACUUGAGAUGAAAGCUUUUAAAACUAAGAAUUCAACAACUUCUGAUGGAGAUUUGAAUGCACAGUUCCAACUGGCUGAUCACAGUCAUGAGUUGAUACUUGAGAUCACAGCUCUGCGUGCAAAGAUAACGGAGAUGCGAGAGCAGAGUAUGACCAUGGAUCAAGAUAUAAGAGAUGAUGUUAGAAAAGAUUAUCAGGAUCUUGUCCAGAACCUCUUUGAGGCUUGUUUACAGAUGAAGUCCCGUCUCGCUCAGUGUCAUCUCUCCAUCCAUGAUGAUGUGAGAGGAUUGAUCUCCGAGAGCAGAGAGGAGGCAAUGAGAUCACUUGGGAAGCUGAAGGACCAAGCUGCAUCUUCUACUGCGGAGGAACGACUUAAAACCAUCAGUGCAAAGGAACAUCAAAUAAAAGAGAUGCGCCACGAGAAAUAUGAGCUUAACAUGCUCCUCAGUAAACUUAACACUCUUCAUCACUGGAAGCGUUCGACCACUGGGGGGAGAUAUAAGGUCACCGUCGAGAAAUUAACGCACGAAGUGACAAAAACUCGACAAGAUUGUCUUGGGAAACAACUCGUUGGUAAAGAGGAAGCAGAUUUGCUUCGAGAGGAGCUACAUUCUGCUCGCCAAUCUCUGCAAGCAUCAGAAGUUCGACUUAAAAAAGCAUACGAGCAAAUGGAACGAGAGAAAAAAGUUCUGAAAGAAAAAGCGUACAAAGACGCACAAGAAGAAAGAAGCAGGCAACAGUUGGAGCACGCCAGGCAAAGAAAUCUUGACCGUUUGGUCAUAGAACUCGAGGAAAAAGACAAACGUUUCAAAGCUUUAGCAACGGAAGUGGAAAGAAAUACCCGAUAUGACCAGAGCAAUCAAAUUAAAGUUCAAAAGAGUUUAAAAGAGAUGAGUGCCCAGUUAUCUAUUGAAAGGAAUCUAAAAUUAAACGCAUUCGACCAAGUUGAUAAUCUCCAAGCACAGAUCAUGGACACUGAGAGAGAUAUGACUGUUCAUACACCAAGCAGACCUACUAGUGCUACACUAAGCAUGCCACGAACAGCAUCAGCUAUGCAGAGUCGUCCACAGUCAUCUUAUCAUUCAGCAAGAACCACAACACCAAGGUUUAAAGUUCGUCCUAUGACUUCUGUACAGUCUGCAUAUGAUAUAAGAAGAGAAACACCAUUACCAAGGAAAAGACCACAAACGGCUGCUGGUAGGUUAAAGAAUAGAAUAGCAGCUGCAAUUUUAACAGAGAUGUAUCCAAGCACUGAUGAACAUGAGACCGUCAUUCAACUAGAUUGACCUAACACAUAUAUGUGGCUUAACUAGCUUGCUGUAGAAAAUUCCCAGAAAAAAAUAUAAGUUUUUCUUAAACAGCAUUAAAAAGUGUUACAAUAGCAGACAUACUCCAAAAAAACGUACUUGUUUUAGGAAUUUGAAUUCAUUAUUAAAAUACAUGUGUUUUAUAUAUAUUAGGAAAGGUUUCAUUUUUAUACACUAUGAACUUACAAAAAAAACUGCUUUUUGUAUCUUAACACCUCUACCUUAAAAAGCAAGCUGUCUUUUUUCUAGAAAAAGUUUUUUAAACUUCACUGUGUUUUGUAAACAACAACUGUGAUCACAUAUUUUUUAAAAUUUCAUUUGCACGAACAAAUUUUUCAAUGCUACCUAAUACUAAUACAAGUCUGGUAUGAAUUAAUGUGAACAUGAAAUUUGUUUAAACUUAAUUUUACUCGUAUAUUUUUACCCCAUUUGCUUUAUAUAUUAUUGCUUAAAAGUAGUUGAACAUAUUUACAGCUUUUUGGGUUUCAUUUCUACACUGCCGAAGCCUAAUUUGCAUAAAUGUCGAUUCACAAACUUAAAAACUAAAAUUUACUAAUAGUACUUUAUAGAUUUACCUACCAAUCCAUGUACCUUUCUUGUAAUUUUUACCUUAACAUUUUCAAAGUGUAGUUCCAAUUUUAUAUUUCUCUGUAUUUCUCUUCACUGUAGCAUUAACUAGUAAAAUGUGCCAAAUGGUCAAGAAAUAAACCAAAUUAGACAAAGGC